AUGGACAAGAUCAGCGAGUUACCUGAUGAACUGUUGGUGAAGAUACUAUCCUAUGUUCCGACAAAGCUUGAUGUCUCCACCAGCGUCUUGUCCAAACGAUGGAAGUUCCUUUGGAUGUGGCUGACUAAACUCGAGUACAGUGAUGAUGAAGGCAACUCAUUCCUUGUACUCCGAGACUUCAUCAACAAGAACCUCCGCUUACACAGAGCUCCCCUCAUAGAAAGGUUGUGUCUUGAGCUAUGGGAGGAGGAGUCCACAAAAGUUAACCAUGAAGAAGAAGAUAUCAAACUCUGGGUUGAAACUGCUGUUUCUCGCUGUGUCCGUUACCUGGAAGUUUCUUAUAAUGUAAACAUGCUUCCAAGUAGCUUGUUUACUUGCGAAUCGCUCAUGGUUUUAUUUGAAGUUUGA